AUGGUUGAUAUAAUGGCAACACAUUCCGAAGAGAUCAAUGAUACCUUGUUGAAAAGUCAUGACUUGUCGCCAAUCACAGAGCAACCAAAUUAUGAAAUUGUGUCAGUUAACGAAGAAUGCACUGUUAGAUUUGCAUGUGAAUGGACUAACAAUCGAAUUGCACACAUUCUACUCUUACUAAUUAAUGAUACUCCAAGUUUGAUUGAAUGGAAAUUGCAUUGCACGACAGCAGCAAUUAUAGCAUUUCCAUCUGGCAAUGGACAAAUUUCUUCUUAUUGCGAAGAGAAAUGCAUGUUAUCGUGGAUUUGUCCGAAUUACAUUGAAACAUGGCAACAAAUGGAACCCGCCGAAUUACUCUUUUCUCUUAAACUUUUCGCAAAUAAUGAUAAUUUCAUCGGAUCAGCUCAUAUCAAACUUCUAGCACAGUUAGAUAGAAAUGAAUUUUGCACAGCGGAAAAUCCACCGAUACACAAUUUAAUAUUCGGUUCUAAUGAAGCAACAUUAAAUCGCAUAGAAUCACAACUAUCUCUACCAACAGCGCUUGAAGUCACUGAAAUAAUUUCACCUGUGAUCAAUUUUGCAUUAAAUCGUUUUCACGAAAAUAUUGCAUGCGUUCAAAUCAAAUUUGUCAAUAAUAGCAAACGACAGAUUGUUUGGAAAUUAAAGACAAAUAACAAAUGUAUUACGGCCUUACCUAGCGGAAAUGGCCUUGUGCCAGCGCUUAAAAAUGUCAAGUGUAUCCUUUCAUGGCAACUUCCAAAACAUUGUCAAAGUUGGGAUAAAGUUAAAUCUGCUAAAUUGCUCAUAUCCAUUCGAAUCUAUACAGAAACAGGGAAAUUGCUUGCUGAAGAUAUUGCUAAAUAUAUCGUGAAACCAAAUGUGAGCCAUAUCUGUACAUUGGAUAAUAUCCCGACUCAUCAGAUUGUCCUCAUAUCGUCGAACGUAUCUCGUUCAUGUGACGUGAAGUCAAAGGUUCGAACGUUAACAUCGACAGAGAAGUGA